AUGCAGUUGUCCAGGACGUUGGGGUACUGGCUCAUCCAGACAUGCAGGAUCCAGGCGCUCGACGUAGUGCUGAAUGCGGGUAAGUUCGAGGGAUCCGAAGCCUGGCGACAGCUACACCUUCGAUUCGAGCCACAGGCGGCGAGCAGGUACGCUGGACAGUUGAUGACGCUGCUCGCCUGGGACUUCAGUGGCGAGAUGAUGAUACGCCUGGAAACCUUCGAGAGGGAGAUCAGCCUGUAUGAGUCGGCGUCGGAGGAGACCCUCUCGGACGCGAUCAAGGUUGGCAUAGUGCUGAGGCAGUUGCCCGAGUCCCCGCUGAGGCAGCACAUGAUCAUGAAUGCGGAGAGACUCAAGGAGUGGCCCAAGUUCAGGGAAGAGAUCCUGAACGUCCGACGAGCCCAGGCCGCAGCGGCGGCAGCGCAGAACGGGGUGGCCCCGAUGGAUCUUUCAGCGUUCAACAACCAGGGUGGCAAGGGGCGCUGCAGGAUCUGCAACGGCAAGGGCCACGACGAGAGGAACUGCUGGCACCGCAAGGGCGGGGCCGGGGCAGGCAAAGGCAAGUCGGACAGCAAGGGCAAGUCGAGAGGCGAUUCCAAGUCGAAGGGAUCCUCGAAGGGCGGAAAGGCAAAGGACGGCAAGGCCGGCAAGGGGCCGAAGUGCUUCAACUGCCAGGAGCACUGGCACAUGUCCAAGGACUGCCCGAAGAAGAAGAACAACCUGCACAUGAUGGAGCCGGAACCUGAGAAGGCGCUGCGCGGGCUGUGGCUCGCGCCGUUCACGAUCGACGAGAAGGGCGCGGCGCAGAAGGCCUUCGACCUGCUGAUCGAGGGCGGCUUGGUGGACGACAAGCUGGUGCACGAGCUGAGCAGGCUCGGUGCGGACACGGCGCGGGCAUCCCGCAGGAUGGUGCUCGGUGUCGACUCGUGUGCAGCUACGACGGUCGUGCCAUCAGAGCUGGCGCCGGACUACCCGACGUGCGAGAAUGAAAUGAGCGCGAAGGGCGAAGGCUACAGGACCGCGAACGGCGGCUGGGUGGCCGACGAGGGCACUAAGGAGCUCAUCGGGUCGGUGCGCAACUCGGACGGUUCGGCGCAGGUGAGAGGCAUCAAGGCUAGGGUCACGAAGGUCAGCAAGGCUCGCCUCUGUCUCGGAGAUGGUCGACGCAGGCGCAACAACGUGUACGAGAUGGAGAUGGAGCUGAUGCCGUAUAGCAAGGCGAAGGACGUGAUCGGCCGCGCGGAGGCCUGGUCCAAGCCCAGCUCGAGCGGCAAGAAGCUGAAGGAGAUCUGCAUGGUGAGGAGCGAUGACGCAGGUGAUGGAGCUGGAUCGAGUCAGGCAGUGCGGCGGCAGCAGCAGCAGAACCAGUCCAAGAACCUGUUCAACCAGAAGCGGUACCUCCACCACCUGCCCCGGUGGUUGCUCCGGAGCCACGCGGAGGAUGCGAUGCCAGUCGUGGCGUUCGACUACGGUUACCUCGGCAGCGGUGAGGACGCUGCCCCGAUUCUGUUCGUGAGGGACUCGCUGCACAGGUACACGGGCGCGGAGGUGUUGACCUGCAAGGGGGCGGCGCACGCGCACAGCGCCGACAUGUUGGCGAAGUUCGCGGUCAACGGCGGCUACAAGGAGGUGGUCUUCAGGUGCGACAACGAGCCGAGCAUCGUCGCCUUGAGGGACGAGGCCGUCAAGAGGCUCAAGAAGGACCACGGCGCGGAGUGCUUGCUGGAGACCUCGGCGGUUGGAGAGUCACAGUCGAACGGUCUAGCUGAAGGGGCUGUCAGGGAUAUGAAGGGCCUGACGAGGACCCUCAUGUACGCGAUGGAGGAGAUGCACGGAGUCACGAUCGGCCCGAAGCAUCCGUGCCUGCCGUGGAUGGUGAGGCACGGCGCUGCAGUCCACAAUCGAGGUCAAGUGGGCUCGGACGGGCGCACGCCGUACGAGUUGAGGAAGGGGCGCACUUACAAGAGGGCGCUCCCGGCGUUCGGCGAGAAGGUGUUCUGCCUGCCAGUCGGCAAGAGAGAGUCGAGGCUGGCGGACAGGUGGCUGGAGGGCGUCUUCUACGUGAUCCGCGACGACAGCGACGAGGUGUACGUGGCGACGCCGAAGGACGUGAUGAGAGCCAGGAGCGUCAAGAGGAUGCCAUUGGCAGCGAGGAGCGACAAGGCUCUUUUCUCGGAGCUGCAGGGCGUGCCGUGGCGACCUGUUCCUUGUCAAGAAGGCGAAGGACUCGAAGUGCCACCUGCCGUGGCGAAGGUGGUGGCGGAUCAGGUGGUGCCGGACGUGGAUCUGCCCCCUGUUCCAGGACCUGUGGGUCCUCCUGCUCCGAGGAGGGUCUACAUCGGGAAGGGCGUGGAGCUGCGGCGCUACGGAUACACCCCAGGUUGCAGGGGCUGCGCAGCAGCUCGGGGCAACCAGCGCGCGAUCAUGCACAACGAGGAAUGCCGAACGAGGAUCGAGAAAGCGAUGGAGGGCGACCAGACGUUCGGCGAUGGAAGCGCUCCGGCGGCGGCGGACGUGGCCAUGGGCGACGCGGCGGAGAUUGGCGCGCUGCUGGAACAGCUUGGUCUCGACAGCUUGGAUUUGCAGGAGGUGUUCAACCCAGGGGAGUUCGCCAAGGGAGCUCCACAGUUCAACCUGAAGCCAGGAGUGGCGAUGGACCUCAGGACGGGCUUGGACUUCCGGCUCGAGGAGCAGCGGAAGCGAGCGAGAGCGGAGAUUGAGGAGGGAGACCUUGCCUUCCUCAUCAUGUCUCCUGUAUGCACCCCGUUUUCACAGCUGAUGGAGUUGCUGAUGGCGAGCGGCAAGCGCGACGAGGUCAAGCUUCAGAGGCUGCUCGCGGAGUGCAAGGUCUUCCUGGGCUUCUGUAUGGAGCUGGCGGCCUACCAGCAUUCGAGGGGGAAGUGGUUCCUGUUCGAGCACCCUUGGACGGCGUCAAGGUGGAAAGAGGAGUGCAUCAAGAGCAUCAGGGAGCUGCCCGGCGUCAUAGUGGUCAAGGGCAGCCAGUGUGUGUUCGGAGCCAAGUCAUACUGGCCGGACGGCUCGGAGGGCCUCGUGGCGAAGCCGACGGGCUGGAUGACGAAUAGCCGCGAGGUGGCGAAGCAGGUGGGGAUCGUGCGCGACGGCUCCCACGAGCAUGUGCACCUCCUGGUUGGCCAGACCGCAGAGGAGCCAGAGAUCCUGGAGCAGGCGACCGAGGAGGAGAUGGCGACCUUCUACGACGGGAUCAGCGGGGCGGUGCUGGACCCGAUAGGCGCCAAGAACGCACGCAUGGACGAGAUGGGCUACAUGAGCAGGCUCGGAGUGUUCGAGAGGAGAAAGAUUUCCGAGGCGCUGCAAGUGUCGGGAACCCAGCCGCUUCCAAGCGGCUGGGCCGACACCAACAAGGGAGACGACCAGAAACCAGAACUACGGAGUCGGUUGGUGGCGAAAGAGACGCGGAAGCUGAGCACCCUUGGGCCUGAGGGCGCCGCGGCGACCUUCGCGGCGACCCCGCCGCUGGAGGGCCUGAGGAUGAUUCUUUCUAUGGCGAUGACAGGGCGGCAUGAAGAUCGAGUGCUGACCUUCAUCGAUAUCUCAAGAGCGCAUCUACAUUCAGAGCUGCAGAGGCCAGUGUACUUGAAGGCGCCAGCGGAGGAUCUAGAGUGCAAGGAUGACGAGUGUUGGCUGCUGCGGAAGGCCAUGUAUGGGCUGAGAGAUGCCUGCUCAUCCUUCGACCUGAAGGUGGAGGACAUCAUGGUGAGGAUCCUGAAGGCGAAGCAGGGCGAGUUCUCGCCUUGCAUCUACCAGGUUGGCAAGCUGGUCGUUUGGAGGCACGGCGACGAUUUCGUGGUGCUCGGUGGGCGAAAGGAUUCAAAGGCUUUUACGGAGAACCUCGGCGAGCACCUGAUCGUGAAAGUACGAGGUCGGCGAGUUGCUCAAGUCUACACGGACAGUGACUUCGCAGGCUGCCUGAGGACACGUAAGUCUACUUCAUCGUGUACGGUGAUGAUUGGGAAGCAUUGGAUUAGAAGCAGCUCGACAACCCAAGGGUUCAAUGCUCUAUCUACGGGAGAAGCGGAGUUCCAUGCGCUGGUGAAGGGCGGCAGUAUUGGGCUCGGCCUCAAGACUCUCGCAAAGGACAUGGGUGUAGAUCUCGAGAUCGUGCUGAAGUGCGACGCGACGGCGGGCAAGGGCAUCGCUGAACGUCGUGGAGUCGGACGAAUUCGACACCUUCAUACACCUCUGCUGCGGCUGCAGAGGGCUGUGCAGCAGAAGAGGUUGCGUGUCACCAAGAUAGCAGGUCUCGAGAACAUCCGUGACAUCGGUACGAAGCACCUGGACGGGCCCCCGAUUAAGAAGUUCCUGACGAUGAUGGGGUUCGUGGCGAGAGCAG